GCUCCGAGCUGAGCGCAGGGUUCUCCAGUGCAAUCUGAACUGCAGCGUGGUGGGCGACAUGUCGGAGGAGGGCGGGGAGAAUCUUGAAAACACGGGGAGAGAGCGCACUAAUGCUGCCGGCCCUUUCAGCUUCAGCCCGGAACCCACGCUUGAGGACAUCCGCUGCCUCCAUGCUAAGUUUGCUGCUGAAAGAGACUGGGACCAGUUCCACCGGCCUCGGAACCUCCUCCUGGCCUUGGUGGGGGAAGUGGGGGAGCUGGCAGAGCUCUUUCAGUGGAAGCCCGAUGAGGAGCCUGGCCCCCAGGCCUGGCCCCCCAAGGAACGGGCAGCUCUUCAGGAGGAGCUUAGUGAUGUCCUCAUCUACCUGGUUGCAUUAGCAGCCCGCUGCCAUGUGGAUCUGCCCCAAGCAGUGCUCGCUAAGAUGGACACCAACCAGCGACGCUACCCAGCACAUCUGUCUCGUGGCUCUGCCCGCAAGUAUACAGACCUGCUCCAUGAGGCCACCUCUGAAGACCAGGCUAUAGGGACUGCAGACCUUGCCUGUGAGUCCUCAGGCCCGACCUCAACAUAGAAAUAUGGUGCUUGGUCCUCCAACUCAGCAUGGCAUCUGAGGAGCAAAGGAUGGCCUGGCCACAGAACUUUAUUUUAGUCCUUUCCUAACAGAUCAUUGGCCUGGGGACCCCAUUUCCUGAGGUACACGGUUCAAGAACCUUUGGAAGACAGCCUUUUGGUAUUUUUCUCUCAAUAAAAGUUUUGUUUAGCAA